AUGAACGUUGGUCCAACUCAUGACGGACGAAUCAUCCCCAUAUUUGAAGAACGACUGACGCAAAUGGGACAGUGGCUUGCAGUAAAUGGCGAAGCAGUCUACGGUUCAAAGCCUUGGAUUUUCCAAAACGACACCGUUACUCCAAACAUAUGGUACACUUCAAUUUUGAAGAAUCAAAAGGGCAAGUCUUCAAAUCGGCUGUAUAAUCCCCAGGAUAGCGAAAAUACGAUAAUCUACGCAUUUAUGCUGAAAUGGCCUGAAGGAAAUUUGCUAAAGCUUGGAGCACCGAAAGCUACCGAGAAUACUAGGGUAUCGAUGCUUGGCUCGGGAACGAAACUGAAGUACGAGAUCCUGAGCCCCCGCGGUAUCACGAUUGACCUCACGGAGACUCUGCUUACUGGUCUCGGCAGCAAGUGGUCUUGGGUGAUCAAGAUGGAGCAGUUGGCAUCAGAAAGCAAGUUGCCCGUGUUUGAUAAUAGAAGUCCGGCUGAAAAAUUACAGAUUGUGUAA